AUGUAUAAAGUCAAGUUUGCAGAGCCGGUGAAAAACAUAGACGAUCUUUAUUCUAUGGUAAAAGAUGCGUAUAUUCAUGGACAUAUACCUACACCUUAUCCAGCAGCAAAUAAACAACUACAAUCACGAUUGACAGAGUUUGUUUCUAAAGGUAUUUCUGGCGAUCAAUCUAUGUCAUUUUUCGAUAAAGUGAAUUCUAAACGUGUUUAUGUACUAGAGAAGCAUGACAACUUGAUUCAGUUGCUGAUGCUCAUAAAAGAAAAUGAUGAAAAAAAAUCUGCUCCGAAAUGCCAUAAACGACUAAACGAUGUCUAUUGGAUAUCCAAUAAAAGAAUUCGACUUAUACAACGAACAAUAGCUAAGUUUAUUCUUCCUGAUUCAAGUAAUGAUGAAAAUACAAAUGAUGAUAAUCCAAAUGAUAAAGAAGAUAAUGUAAAUGAAGAUAUGAAAGAUGAUAUUGAUGAUGGUGAUGAUGAUGGACAAAGCACUAACUUGGUCAAAAUGUCUCAUGUGCACAAGCAAUCUUCUUUACCACCAUCAUCACAUCACUCAAUAAUCACAACAAGAUCGAAAUCAAAAUUAAUAGAAAAACAAAAUGUAGUAAGCCUUAAACGUUCAAACAUAUAUGAAGCUGAUGAGAAUAAAACAAAAAUGAAGAACAAACAGCAUUGA